AUGGUGGCCAGAAGUGGUCGUCGUUGUCAGGAUCACUGUCGGUCCCAUGGUGCUCGUCGUUGUUCGUCGAUUCCAACAUCGCCGAUUCGUAUUUCGCGGAGCCAUCGUUUAGCAGUAGCAUCGGUGUCUCUGCUGGGCGAACACGCUACGUCCACGGGUGGAACACCAUGCUGUCACCGGACGUCAACCUUGAAGAUCUUCUGCACGUCGUCAGCUCUCUAUUCGUCGAUGUCGGCUCCGCUUCAACUUCCUGUAUUGCUACGUCAUCGCCGCCGAGUUCCUCCUCAGCAGGCGGCAAUGGUUCGUCGACGGUAG